GGUUUGCCAAAAGUGAGAGGGAACCUGAAAGAACUCGAGUUGACCGGCUGUGUUUGAGAGGUGCAGAAGCGCCUCGCUGGUCCUCGGUCUUCACCUCUAGUGUCCUACCUUUUCAGGGGUCCGCCCGGCCUCGGUUGUCGGGUCCUUUGCCUCCUAGCCCGGAAAGCCGGCGCCGUGCCGUACGAUGCCGCAGCUCGGACUCUUGCAGGGGAGGGCCUGGGCGGUGCUGCUCGGCCAGCACCUGCGGCCGCCGCGCGCUGUGUGCAUCCGGGCUGCCCGUUCCCAGAGCCAGGUUGCAGAGGCCUGGAUAACAUCCCAGCUGAAACCACAAGAAAAAGGCAAUUUCACUCUCAAGACCCCGAAGGGCACUAGAGAUUUUAGUCCCCAGCAGGUGGUCGUGAGGGAGAAAAUUCUCGAUUUGGUUGUCAGCUGCUUUAAACGUCAUGGAGCAAAGGCAUUGGAUACCCCAGCAUUUGAGCUAAAAGAAACACUCACUGAGAAGUAUGGCGAGGACUCUCAGCUCAUGUAUGAUCUGAAGGAUCAGGGGGGCGAGCUCUUGUCUCUGCGCUAUGACCUUACUGUCCCUUUUGCUCGUUACCUGGCCAUGAAUAAAGUGAAGAAGAUGAAGCGCUACCAUGUUGGAAAGGUGUGGCGGAGAGAGAGCCCAAGCAUGGUCCAAGGCCGCUACCGAGAGUUCUGCCAGUGUGAUUUUGACAUUGCUGGUCAGUAUGACCCAAUGAUCCCUGAUGCUGAGUGUUUGAAGAUCAUGUGUGAAAUCCUAAGUGGGUUGCAGCUUGGGGACUUCAUCAUUAAGGUCAAUGAUCGACAGAUUUUGGAUGGGAUGCUUGCCAUCUGUGGUGUUCCUGAAAGCAAGUUCCAUGCCGCCUGCUCUUCGAUAGACAAGCUUGACAAGGUGUCUUGGAAUGAUGUGAGACACGAAAUGGUGACAAUGAGAGGCCUGGCUCCUGAAGUGGCUGAUAGAAUCGGGGACUAUGUCCAGUGUCAUGGUGGGGUGUCCCUGGUAGAGCAAAUGUUCCAGGAUCCUAAGUUAUCUCAGAACAAGCAGGCUCUAAAGGGUCUCGAGGAUCUAAAGCUGCUAUUUGAAUAUGUGACUUUAUUUGGAAUUGCUGAGAAGAUCUCCUUUGAUCUAAGCCUCGCUCGGGGCCUGGACUACUAUACCGGAGUGAUCUAUGAAGCAGUGCUACUACAGGCCCCAGCUCAAGCUGAGGACAAGGCCUUGAAUGUGGGCAGUGUGGCUGCUGGUGGACGCUACGAUGGGCUGGUGGGCAGUUUUGGUCACAAUGUACCGUGUGUGGGACUCAGCAUUGGAGUGGAAAGAAUCUUCUCCAUUGUGGAGCAACAGAUGAAGAAGCUUGGUGAGAAGAUACGAACCACAGAGACCCAAGUAUUUGUGGCUACACCACAGAAGGGUUUUCUCCGAGAACGGUUGAAGCUAAUUGCAGAGCUUUGGGAUGCUGGGAUCAAGGCAGAGCUGCUAUAUAAGAACAACCCUAAACUGCUGACUCAGCUGUCCUACUGUGAGAGCAUGGACAUUCCACUGGUGGCCAUUAUUGGAGAGCAGGAACUAAAGGAAGGAGUCAUCAAGCUCCGUUCAGUGGCUAGCAGGGAAGAGGUGGCCAUUAAACGGGAAAACCUUGUGGCUGAAAUUCAGAAGCGACUAUCUGAAUCUUGAUCCUCCGCUGAGUGCCAUCCUCUGCGUUUUAUUUAAAAAAAAAAAAAAGUGGAAGCUUCAUUAAAGGUCAAGUUCCUGACUUUGCAACAUCUGGCCAGGAUGAGUGACAAGUGCCUUCUGCCUCCUCCGUCCUUCCUGGGUACAGAAUUGUUGACAGCCCUGAUGAUUCUUGGGCGAGUGUGAGCAGCUGUCUUGUGGGUGCACAGAGGACUGCAAUGUAAAAAAGACAUGCUCUCUCUGCUGAGGCAGAUGCAGAUUUGAAUGCCACUGAAUGCCACUAAGUGGUGUUAAGAUGGUUGCUCUGAGCAAGGCUCUGGGAAACACUCCUUAGGCUGAGAGAAUUCUGAUUGCAUACAUCAGAAGCCAGAUAUUUAGCCUGGCUAUAGUAACUUCUGAGGAAGAUUGUGGGGGAAUUUAUCCAUAUCCUGUCCUUGUUCUAUUCAGGGAGUUCUAGGGAGAUAGUGAGGAAUCAUGGCUGUUUCUGAUGUGUUUGAGGGUGCAAACCAAGAGAUGCCAUCCCAACGAUGUAACAGUACCUAUAUUGAUGUGUAAUCUCCCUACACAUUCACUAUUUAUAAUAGCAAGAUGAGACUGUGUGUUUAGUAAUAGUGAAUGGUAGAUUUAAUUGGUGAUCUGAUACGUUCGAGGUCUGAUCUUUUAAAGUUUUGGUGACCAUUUUGUGUGCCAGAAUCACUCUACUGUUCAUUUCCUGCUAUGAUGGAUUUUGUAGAAGUGGCUGGAUGUGUUAAAUAAAAUACUAAAUGUA